AAGGGAUCUUCUUUCAAAUUAUCACAAUAAAAAGUCUAUGUAUUUUAUUUCAUUCUCAUGUGGAAUGACUCUCUUUUCGACUGGAUACCCAGAUAUCUGCGUACCGGUUUUGAAAGUUAAGAGUGUUGGUGAAAUUACAGGCACAUAGAUCUUUUGUCUUAUAAGUCUCAGUUAUAUAAAAAAAAAAAAUGGAUAAUGGCAUUGACUUACAAAUAAAGUAAGUCAAUGGAUAAUGGAUUAAAUUUUAUUGUAUUCGCGAUAUCAAGUCUUGUGAUAUCACUAAUCUAUAUAAAAUUACCACAAAGUAAGGCAGCGGUUUUAUCUACGUAAAAUAGAGAAAACAAUUAUUGAAGAAAUACGACGUCAAAAAAAAAUCGGAACUUUGACGCUUUACCUUACUGAUGCUUUACUGUCAUACAAGACUAAAGAAAAUCUGGCAACACUACUUAUCAGACUGGUAUGUCGGCUGAAGGACUUUGUUUCCAUGGCCAGCAAUAAAUUUAAAAAAAAAGACUGGUAUGUGACAUGGUAAUUCACGUCUCUAUGUCGAUCCAACACCAACAUGAAUGUAGCAAGCUUUAGCUCGGGACAGAUUAAAAAAAAAUGGCGAUAUCCUUGUUUGGUAAAGAUUGGUGUAUUGUACCUAUUUUGGAGGAAUUGAGUAAAUGAAGAGUUAAAACGAAAUGUGCAUAAUUUAUUAUAAAAUACAAAUAGUAUCCGGAUAAGCGCAUUAGCGCGUUAUAUAAGGAAAACAGUCGUCUAACAAUACGCCGAAUAUGCGCUUAGAAUAAGUGAUUUUACAUAGUGUUAGAAUCAUGAGUACAACACAGGACCACAAUUGUAUUUUCUGUAAAGAAUCUUUCUAUAACAAGGAAGAUCUUCAAAUACAUUUCAGGAAGCACGGAGAUCCUAAAUUCAAUCAAAGUAUGAAGUGUAGUAAGAUAUCGACAGAGGGACCGAGUCAUGGGUCGGGAGAUCAAUCCGAAGACAGUCAAAUUGAGAUGGUUAGUUGCGACGUGUGUACAGAGAUGUUUCCAACAAUAUCUAAAGCGAUAACUCACAAACACAAGGUGCACCCUGAUCACGAUGCGAAGUACUUUUGCCCGUGGUGUGGGAAGCUCUUUACAAUGAAGCAUUUAUACAACAAACACAUAGAAAAUAGUCAUGGUGGAAAUGAUCAGAGUGAAAAAUCAGGUUUUCAUUGUGAUAGCUGCGAAGUUGACUUCUUCGUUCCCUCAGCCAUGGUGUACCAUAAUAAAUUCUUCCACCGCCAAGAUACUGAACUAGCUGUUAUAGGACAUUCUAAGAAGAUGAAAUUGUUCAAUCAGGAGCCAUUACCAAUAUAUUAUUGUCCAUUUUGUGGAGAAGAAUAUUUCAACAAGGUCAAUUUACAUAAACACAUGAGAGAUGAUCACAGUGACGAAAACCAGAGUCCAGAUGAUGUACUGCGGUGCCCACUAUGUGAAGCCAUUUUUUACCAUCUAGAUGCCUAUGAGCUGCACCUUACAUUUCACUCAUCUGAUGACUUGUAUUGUGAAGAAAAUGAAAUGGCUCGCGACAUUAUGGAAUUUUCAUUGGAGACUGUAUCACCAAUAAUGGAGAAAGUAGAGAAUGAAGCUGACAAUGGUACUGAUACCGCAAAUUCAAUAGGCAUUGAGGAACUUCUCCAACAAGCUAUGAAUGAAUCAAACGACAAUGAUAACUCCAAUAGUGAAGGUGUCCUUGAAAAGAAAAAGAAACGGAAAAAACACAAGAAAAAGAAAACUAUAACUCUUGAUGAAUUUUUAAAUAUGAAUAAAGACGUUUUUGGCGAAGGCCUUGGAGAUGUACAAGGCAUAGAAGAAGUUCCCACACAGGUGGUUGCAAAACAACUAAAGCCUAGAAAACCUCCCAAAAUUGUUGUUGGAGCUAAACUAACGCCAACAGUAGAAAUAGAAAAAUUGAAGAAACAAGGCAUAGUUGUGAAAAAGAAGUUAAAUCAUCCAAACCAAUUUGAAGGAAUAAAAGUUAUGCAUAGCAAACCUAUGAGUAUACAAAAUGUAAAGGCAAUUAAAAUUAAUCCUACAGCACAAAAACCAAAACAAUUUUUAAGUUCAUCUAAUGAUGCUUUGGCUAAAUUACAGAAUAGUCAAAUAAAAAUUGUCAAAAAAGGUGUACAAAGUUGUACUGCUUCUGAAACUUCCAAAACCAAAACUUUAGAAGAAGCAGACAUCGAUUCUGAAAAACCAGACUCUCAAAACACCAGUGAUAUGGAAGAAACGGAAAAUGCUACGGGCAAAGAGAAAGAGCAAAAUGAGGGAUACUUUACACAUAAGGAAAAAGACAACAAGGUGAAAAUGUCACCCAAAAAUACUACAGAGUCAAAUUCCGAAAGUCCAGAGCAAGGAAAUUCAACUAGUCCUGUAGAUCAUAGAAAUCAAGAUAUGGAAGAGGAAGCCGAAUCUCAAGUACUUGGCAAUAAUCAAAAUUCUAAAAAAAUACUUAUGGUUAGUGACAGUCAUAAAGGAAUCCCAAAAAUAAAUAAACCCAAAAUGAAUUCAACCGAGACUUUCAAUGCUUUAAAGAAUUUAAGUCAACAUAUUACUAUAAAGCCAAUGUCGUCACCGAACAAUACAUUUCAUCAACAAAAAUGUUUAACUAAAUUAGAUGAUGAUGAAUGCCAAUCUUCCGAUGCUGAUGAAGAUCAUAUUGAGGAUGAAAUAGAGACUACAGACAACAAGGCUACAGAAUCCAUACAGAAUAACUCUGACAAAAAACCAUUAAAUGCGCUAAUACGUUUGAGUCACCUAACAGUUAAAUCAGUAAAUCAAACUAAAAGUGCGUCAUCUGUUCUCAUUAAAAAUAAUUUACCAGAUCACUGUUCGGCAGACAAAUUAGACAUUGAAAAGUAUGUAAACAAUUCCGGAAUACCUAAACCAAAUACAAUAAUAGAUACAGCAAAAGAAAGUAAAGUUGAUGUUCAACAAGAAUCCUUCAAAUCCUUGGACGCAAUGAAAAACAUAAGUAAGCAUGUUACGAUUAAGUCAUUGAAGCCUUCUCCAAAAUCUGCCAAAGUCAUUACCGAAAAGGCUGAUCAUGAGAGCGAUAAUGACGAUCAUGUAGACGAAGAUCCAGACUUAGAAACAAAUACAGAAAAUGGCGGGUGUAUUUUUGUAAACAAAAAUCUUAAGUUACCGAAUUCUGUUACAAUGAAAAGUUUAAAAAGUCCUGUCAUGAAAAGUCAAACACCAAGCAAUUCACCAAAGUCAACUAAUAGAUUUGUUGAAUACGAAAAUCUUAAAACUGAUAAAGAAGUACCACUCAAAAUUGACGAAGCGACGAAGCAAACCUGCACAAACAUUUUGAAACAAUUGCCGAAUAUAACAGCCAAGUCAUUGAAUUCAAUAAAAAACGUACAAUCACAAGUAACAGUUAAUACUCCCAAGCAGGCUAUGAAUAUGCAGAAGUGCAACUUCGUGCAAAAAUCGUUUAAAACCGAGGAAACAGACGAAGAAAUAGAAAUUUUUAAUAUCGAUGAUUCUGAUGAAGAAGAAAUGAGUUAUCAAAAUAGGAGUAAAAAUGAUGCUCAAAUUAAAUCAAUCACAAAUAGUUUAAGCAAAGCUAAACGUAAUAUUACAAACCAAAAGCUAGAUCUACUUCGUAAUCUUAACAAAAACAUCACAAUUAAGAGCACAAAUCAAUUCAAAUCAGCAAAUUCCGAAAAUUGUCAGGAUGACGAAUCUAAUAAAGAAUACUAUUCUGAUCAUGAAAACGAAACUAUGCAAAGACCUGUUGAGAAAACUACAUCACUAAACAAUACAUUACGAAACUUGGGUAAAAACAUAACAGUCACAUCAAGUUCACCAAAAACAUCCGUUUUUUCUGCAAAUACGAGCCCUAUGAUAAAAGAUAUUAAACCAGAGAUUGAAGAGUAUGACAGUGAACCAGAAGUGAACUCACAGGUGAAGAUAAACAAAAUAGAUCAUGGAAGUGACGACGAAAUUGAAGAUAAAAUUUCCAUUGAUAGGAAAGAUGUUGUACGAACUUCAAAUUCUGACAGUGACCAGGAAAUUUCCAAAAGUGAUGAAAACGAUGACGACAUUGAAAGCCAAAUAACAACAAGCAUACUGCCCAAACGAUUUCCGGAUGCUAAUAGAAAACCAGAUUGCCUCAGUAAUUUGAAAAACAUAACCAUCAAAUCUCUGAAAGAUAUGAAUUUUGACGACGAAGAAAAUGAUGACGAUGCAAACAUACACGAUAGUGUGCAUGAAACAAAACCUAUUAUUCCCAAAUUUGGCAAACAUAUGUCUGUGAAACCGUUUAAACAAUUGAAAUCUCAUAGUGAAGCCACAAUAGAUGUACCCAUUAAUAAGAACAUGAAACAACAAAUUGUCUCGCGAUCUUCUAAUCAAUCCUUUAACCAAAAAGUAUCAACUUCAGAUCAAGUAAAUGCAAUUAACAAAGAAGUGACCGUUCAAACGUUUCAGACAAAAACAGUUAUAGAAGAAGUCACAACUACGGUAACAAAGACUAUAAGAACUUUAAACCAAACUGUAAAACAAGAGAUUCGAAAUACAAAUCAAAAUACUCCCAUGAUAAGGCCACAAAGAAUUCAGGGCAUUAGACCUAACCAACCAAUCAACAACUUGCAAGGAACACAAGUUAGAACAGCAAUGCCAACAAUGAGACCCAGGAUAAGAAAUUCUGCGCCUGCGAAUAGACCAGUUGUUGGAUCAUUUGUUAGGUCACCUAAUCAUGCAAUUCCUGUGAGGGGCAGUGUAACGACAUCAAAUCAUUUAGGUCCUUUCAGACCGCCCAUGGCAACGUCAAACCAGUUAGUUCCUGUUAGGCCUGGUCUAACUGUUAGAGGUAAUAGUCCAUGCAUGCCAAGUAUACGUAAACCAGGGCCAUCUUUAACUACCACACAGACAGGUCCACAAAGACCUGUAUUUGGUAAACCGCUUAAAAUAUCACCAACUGCUAUGACAUCCAAUAAAAGACUUACAUCAGUGGAAACUGCUGGGCCUUUUAGUUGUUUCAAGAAACCUAAAGAGUCCCCCAUACCCUCAUUUGAUGACAGUGAAGGUCAGAUGCAUUUUGCUUCAUCUUCACAAACAAGUAGAUCGAAUUUCAGUAGCACAACAAAAACUGUUAAAGAUAACUCCCUAGUUACAUCGUCACAAAUGAGUUCAGAGAUAAGUGCUAGCAUGCAACAAAUUAGUAACCUGAGCAUGUCUGGAAUAAAAGUGGUUAAAACUAGUAAAGCCAAACAAACUACUCAGGUUGAAGAAAAAAGUGAUGUUAGUUCUACAAAACGAUCUGCUUUAGAAGCAAUAGAAAGGUUACAGAAACAAGGACUCUUAGUAAAAAAACCUCGAGCGGAGGAACACGAUAGUGACAAUGAAUAUUACGAUUCUGGAAGUGAUAAUGACGAUGACUGUUACGAUAAUACUUAACAUUGUGAAUAAGUGUUCAUUUUUUAAACAUAAGGACCGGCUAUUUAUUGUUGACUGACUUAAUUUAUAGCAUAGACAAUUUUCUUUUUUUCGUUUCCAAAUUGUUCCUAGACGUCGAAGUUUUGCUCUAGGUCACACGACUUUGUACAGAAUGUAUUUUCCGAUUGUGAUUAAGGGUAAUGUUAAAAUAUAAAUAAGUAUAAAAAAGCAGUCA